CAGUCCGCCAGAAAAGUCGGAUGAAAAGUGCGGCGGCACAUUCAGUUCGCUUUUUGUGCUCGCGCGAGUCGCAUCGUUAAUGGGCGUGUGCUCCUUGAACUUUUUCCCAAUCGUUUGCGAAUUCGAAUCUGAAAACGGACUUAUGUUAUAAGCCCAUUAAAAAACAGCAAUUCAGUUUAUUGCGCUGAGUGGCAAUAAACAGUGAAAAAACAAUCGGUAAACAAUAAACAAUUAAUAAACUGCGACUAUUACCAGCAAUCCACCAGUGCGUAUACGCAAUACGCGAAAGUGAGUGAGUGCAAGUGAAAGUGUGGGCCAUUGUUUUGGGCCAUUUAAAUUGGCAUUGACAUUGACAUUGUGCGCAUAGACUGACCAUCUCGGGGGCUCCCUUCCUGCCCGCUGCACUGCACCAGAUAAUGGCAGGCAGCAGUAAAGUUUGAAGAGUCUGGAUUUUGGCCCAGAAUGCUGAGAAAAGUUCUCAAGUCUUAAGAGUUUAAGGUUCCCCCAUUGACGCACUUGAAUGGAGCUCGACAAAAGCAUGAAUUUUAAAGGCAGCAGUCGGUUGGGUGGGCUCAACGACAGGAUGUUCUACAUAGCUCCCCAGCAGCCACUCCUGAGGAAUGAGGAGGAGGACUACCAGGAGGGAUUCCUGCCAGAGUCCGCUUCGCUGCUAUACAAUGUAACAGAUGCUCUGCAGAGGGGCGAUGAUGGAUAUGGAACGACUACGACCCUCAGUAGCCUGCAGUAUGAGACCUUUAAUAUCACCGUGAUGAUGAACUUUAGCUGCGACGGUGAAGACAUCCAGUCGGAGGAUCUGUGGUCCAGUGUCUACUUCAAGAGCCUUGUUUAUAUGCUCUACAUUCCCAUCUUUAUCUUCGCCUUGAUCGGCAAUGGAACCGUUUGCUAUAUCGUUCAGUCCACGCCACGCAUGCGCACAGUCACCAAUUACUUUAUAGCCAGCUUGGCCCUGGGCGACAUCCUGAUGUCCUUCUUCUGCGUGCCCUCAUCCUUCAUCUCGCUGUUCAUCCUGAACUACUGGCCCUUUGGCGUGGUCCUCUGCCACUUUGUGAACUACUCGCAGGCGGUCUCUGUCCUGGUCACCGCCUAUACCUUGGUGGCCAUCAGCAUCGACCGCUACAUAGCCAUCAUGUGGCCCCUGCGGCCACGCAUCACAAAACGCUAUGCCACCCUCAUCAUCAGCGGCGUUUGGUUUAUUGCACUUGCCACGGCCUUUCCCAUACCCCUCGUUUCGGGCCUCGAGAUCCCCAUGUCGCCUUGGCACGAGAAAUGUGAGAAAUACAUCUGCCGCGAGAUAUGGCCCUCGCGGACGCAGGAGUACUACUACACCCUCUCCCUGUUCGCGCUGCAGUUCGUCGUCCCUCUGGGAGUCCUGGUCUUCACCUACACCCGCAUCGCCAUCCGCGUCUGGGGGAAGCGUCCUCCGGGGGAGGCGGAGACCACCCGCGACCAGCGGAUGGCCCGCUCCAAACGCAAGAUGAUUAAGAUGAUGCUGACGGUUGUGGUUGUGUUUACCUGCUGCUGGCUGCCCUUUAAUAUCUUGCAGCUUCUGCUGAACGACGAGGAGUUCGCCCACUGGGUGCCCCUGCCGUACGUGUGGUUCGCGUUCCACUGGCUGGCCAUGUCGCACAGCUGCUACAACCCGAUCAUCUACUGCUACAUGAACGCCCGCUUCAGGGGCGGAUUCCUGCAGAUAAUGCACCGCGUGCCGGGCCUGCGUCGCUGCUGCUGCUUAACCCGCUACUUGCGGAGCGGCGGCGGCGAACGCAGCUACGAAGCUACCGGUGAGACGCCCAACAAGUACCAUCGCCAAGUCGGCGAAGCCCUAGUCAGGAAACCUAAGAUACGCAUUAGGAACGGGCACAGCACUCCACCUAAAUCGUAUGAACACGUCCACCACGUACAUCAGCACCCGCCGAAAGCCACGAGCGAGUUCUAUGCGAGCGAACCCAUUUUCAUGUGCCGAGACGUUAGCGUUGCGGUAGCUGCCAAUGCAGAUAGUGAAUCGCCUGUCCGGAAAGCGGGAAGCUCAGGUGAAAUUAAUUCGAAUGGAAAGUGCACCGAGUUCUGAGUGCAAAAACAUCAAAAACA